CCUCCAGAUUACAGGGCCUGAUAAUAAAGGAAUAUACAAAGGAGACCGGGAAUCCAGUGGGAAAUACACAUUUGCUGCUCACAUGGACGGAACAUACAAGUUUUGCUUUAGCAACAGGAUGUCCACCAUGACCCCAAAGAUAGUGAUGUUCACCAUUGAUAUCGGGGAGGCCCCCAAAGGACAAGACAUGGAAACAGAAGCUCACCAGAACAAGCUGGAGGAAAUGAUCAACGAGCUGGCCGUGGCCAUGACCGCGGUGAAGCACGAGCAGGAGUACAUGGAAGUGCGGGAGAGGAUACACAGAGCAAUCAACGACAACACCAACAGCAGAGUGGUUCUCUGGUCCUUCUUCGAAGCUCUUGUUUUAGUUGCCAUGACAUUGGGACAGAUCUACUACCUGAAGAGAUUUUUUGAAGUCCGGAGGGUUGUUUAAAAAGCCUUUUUUUCUGAUGAUCCGAAACUCAUAAUUCACUGUUUACCAAACAUCUUGGUCAUAAUAAUGUCAUUUAGUUCGUAUGUUUUUAUUUUCUGAAUUGUACAUUCACAGCCUAUGUUUUUUGGUGAUUAAUAGAUAUUGGGGAAGUGAUAGUGAGAAUUUGACAUUUGAUUGGCACAAUGUAUUUGAAUUCUGCCUCAUUAUACAGGCCCUUCCAGAGCUUGAACACUGUAAGUGAAAUGUAGGCAUGUAGUCCUUACAUCAUCUUCUGUUUUCAUAGUAGAAUGCAGUUUGUUCAGGGUAGUGCUUUACUAAAAUGACUGCAUUCUUUUGACCCCUUAUCCUGAAGUUCAAGUCAUUAAAGAUUCGUUUUGUUUAGUUCUUAUGAGAAACAACAGCCUGAAUCGACAUUUUCUACCCACCUAAUGGCAGCUCUGUGACUUCAGAGCGUGCUACCAGCUUGGUUCUUUUAGACUUUGUCUAUCUUGUUUUUGCAUUAAAGAUAAGACAACCCAACAAACCCCCCCGCCCCCCUAAAUUUUUACUUUGAACUUUAGGACUUCACCUUUACUAAAUUGAUGACACAGCAGCUAAUAACCUUUUUGUCAUUUCUGCCUAACCUUGUAGGAAGUCUCUAGUAGAGCCAGUUCCCUGGGUGUUGCAGCUGGCGUAGCUCUUGUUCCUCUGCUGGCACACACUCUGCUCUGGGCACGUGGAGGUCUGCAUUCACGUCAUUGGGGAAAUCUGGGUUCUCACACACAUGGCGAAGCCUCUUGGAUUUCGUUGCAGUGAGUGAGACACAGCCACUAUUUUAGUUCUGAUCAGUGGCGUUUGGCCACUUGUUAAUGAGGGUACUGACAGCACUGUCAGUACUAGGGUUUUGGUUUUGUUUCUCUUGGGUCUUUUUUGGCACAUGUGAAUUUUAUUUUGUAUAAAACGAAAUGACUUUCUCUUGGUCUCUGAUGAUGUGUUUAAAAUUGAAGGAGCCUCAGGUUUGGUGUGGGGAUGAUCCAGGAUUAUGUUGUGACUGAUGUAUUUUAGUUACUUGUACAUUUUUUUGGAUCUUUGCAAAGGUAAAACUACAAGUAACGAGUUUUAUAGAAUUAAUUUAAAUUUGUUACCGGUUUUCAUGUUCAGGAUAAACACUUUUUCGACCUUGGGUGAAAAUACUCGGCAGCAGCUUAAGGUGACUUUUACCUUAGGACAACUGUUGCAUGCCAGUUUUUCUGCGUGUGUGAGAAAACACUUCAAAAUUGAAUUAAAAUAUGUAAAUUUAAAUUUGGUUGUGUAUCGAAUCUGCCCCAGGUUCAGUAAAUAAACAAUUCUUUUUAAAAACA